AUCACCAAGCCAUUACAGGCUUCAGAGGAAACUGUUUAUGUGACUCCAGAGCUAAUUAGGCUCAUGAACUAACAAAUCGCUAGCACAACUGGUGAGGAACCGAUCACAUUCAUGGAUUGUCUGGAGAAGUCGGCCACCUCUCUCACGAUGUGUUGAGCUGUGUGCUUUUGACAAAAAUUUUUUUACCCUUUCUUUAGUUGCCACUAACUUGCUGACAAAACUUUGGCCUUGGGUGUGGAGUAUUUUUUAGUGCUAACGCGUGUACCGUUUUCGCUUAAACUGGGGAAUCUUGACUGGUGAACCAUGUUUCAACCCACACCGAAGAGGUGUUUUACCAUAGAGUCUUUGGUAGCGAAGGAUAAUCCUUUGCCAGCGUCGAGAUCCGAGGAGCCCAUACGACCAGCGGCUCUCAGCUAUGCAAACUCAAGCCAGAUGCACCCAUUUUUAAACGGCUUUCAUUCCAGCGGCAGGGGCGUCUACUCGAACCCGGACUUGAUGUUCGCUGAGGCUGUUUCACAUCCUCCCAACUCCGCCGUCCCAGUCCAUUCAGUACCUCCUCCUCAUGCUUUGGCUGCUCACCCACUGUCGUCCCCGCACAGUCCGCACCCUCUUUUCGCAAGCCAGCAAAGGGACCCUUCAACUUUUUAUCCAUGGUUGAUACAUAGAUAUAGAUACUUGGGUCACAGAUUUCAAGGAAACGAAACGAGUCCGGAAAGCUUCCUAUUGCACAAUGCACUGGCAAGAAAGCCCAAAAGGAUUCGUACAGCUUUUUCACCAUCACAGCUACUUCGGCUUGAACAUGCUUUCGAAAAAAAUCAUUACGUAGUCGGUGCGGAACGAAAACAGCUCGCUCACAGCCUUGGCCUCACAGAAACUCAGGUAAAAGUUUGGUUUCAGAAUAGAAGGACGAAGUUCAAGCGCCAGAAACUGGAGGAGGAAGGUUCGGAUUCACAACAGAAAAAGAAAGGAACUCAUCACAUAAACCGAUGGAGAGUGGCCACAAAACAAGGAAGCCCUGAGGAAAUUGAUGUCACCUCUGACGAUUAAAAGACUUAAACUGUUUGAACCCGGGACAGCGGCGUGGCUUGAAGAUGUCACGGAUAAGGUUGCUGUGUACUGACAGAGGGAGUGGGUAAAGCCAAUAUCACAUUUUGAUUCUUCGAGAUCGGCAGCUUGAGGGUGAGAGAUCCUGUUGGUGGCACUGCUGUCACUACAACGGAACUGUCAAUAAUUUUCACGUUGCCGAGGCAAGGUGAUUGACAGGUAUUACAUGCAGCCCCCCGCCCCCCAUCACCACACUACCCGCGCGACCUCCUCACAACUAUCACAAAAUAUAGCUCAAAUGCGCUAGGACAUUUGCACUUCUGAGGUUUUUUUCCUCUCGUUUUAUUUUUUCAAGACGUGAACCUUCCACAUCAAGAUACCAAAAUAUAGCUACAACUGUUUUUGUAAAACUUGAA